UCGUUCUGACGACUCUUUCCUACUCUUUUUGGGUGGAGGCAAACGAUGGGAAGGGUUCUUAUUCCAAUUUGGGCAUUAAAGGACUGAUAGAUGUGGAGGAGAAGUCAAAUGGUGGACUAUAGCAGUGUGCUCCAGAAAAAGAUCAGUUUGAUGCGUCGUUACAUUGCUUUGAUGAGAGUGAAGCAAACGCAUGCGGAACCCGACAGGGAGCAGUAUAUGGCCAAUCCCCUCCAAAGCUAUUCUCUGAUCCACCACAUGCACUUCGACUGGACGACUUGGCGUAGGCUCAUGGAGCAGUCACUAGGCAGAGAGCAAAUCUCUGAAAUCCGUGCACUAAUGCCCCAAAUUUCCAGAAUAGAAUAUGGUACCGCCAUGCAAGAUCUCAUCCACGAACCCAUGGCAGCAGUUCCGUUCGAUCCGGUGGAGGCCUUGGAGCUUGCUACCUUCGCAUACGACAAGGAGCGCCCCGAUCUCGCCGAGAUGUGGCUGAAUGUGACACUAUCCGGCUACCAGAAACUCAGUCCCAGCAAAAAGGAACUCUACAAAGUGCUGAGCGUGGUCAAAGAAAGUGAAGUGCAAAAGCUCUAUAAAAAGGUAAAAAAAAUUAACAAAUUGUUUUGGAUUUUUGAAUUGUUAAAAAAGAUGUUGUGGCUAUAUUACAAACUCUAAGUAAUACAUAUGAUGCUGUACUUCGCAAUCAGCUCUGUAAUCA